AUACACAUUUUUGCUUUGUAAGAAACAUUAUACACGUGCUUUGCUUAUUUAAUUUUUAAUUAAUUUUAAAUAAUAUGAAUAAUAAAUUUGAUAGAUUUUAGUUAUUAAAUCUCUUUUCAAAAUGCAAGUAUCUUGUCCAAACAAUGUAAAAAUAUAUAACUUAAGUGCUGGGAAAUCUCUUCCAGAGUGGUUAUCUGAACGAAAAAGACGUGCUUUAUUAAAGAAAAAUAUUGAUAUACGACGUCGAAUUGAACUUAUUCAAGAUUUUGAUAUGCCUGGUGUUAGUACUUCUAUCAAAGUUACAAAUGAUGGACAAUAUAUUUUAGCAACAGGUAUAUAUAAACCACGUGUUAAAUGCUUUGAUGUAAAGAAUCUUUCUUUAAAGUUUGAAAGAUGUUUUGAUUCUGAAGCUAUUACUUUUGAAAUACUAUCAGAUGAUUAUAGUAAAUUAAUAUUUCUAUGUUGUGAUAGAAGCAUUCAAUUUCAUGUUGCUCAUGGAAAAUAUUAUAUACUUAGAGUACCUCGUUUUGGAAGAGAUAUGAAAUAUCAUUAUCCAUCUUGUGAUAUUUUUGUUGUGGGAGAUAGUAAUGAAAUUUACAGAAUAAAUCUUGAAAGAGGACAAUUUUUACAGUCUUUUUUAACAGAAGCAUCAUCAUUAAAUAAAUGUGAAAUAAAUCCUAUACAUCAUCUUCUUGUUAUUGGAACAGAAGAUGGAACAAUAGAAGCAUGGGAUCCUCGUGCUAGAAAUAAAGUUGGUACUUUGGAUUGUGCUUUGCAUUGCAUUAAUCAAGAUAAUAAAUUAGAAAAAAUUCCUGCAAUUACUAGUUUAAAAUUUCAAGGAGGUUUAACAUUUGGAGUGGGCACAUCAACUGGACAAGUAUUAUUAUAUGAUAUUCGUUCAAAUAAACCAUUUUUAAUAAAAGAUCAUAUGUAUGGUUUACCCAUUAAAAAUGUUGAAUUCCAUAAGAAAAUGGAUAUAGUUUAUUCUAUGGAUAGUUCCAUAGUAAAAAUAUGGGAAAAAAAUAGUGGUAAAUUAUAUACAUCUAUAGAAGCACAGCAUGAUUUUAAUGAUAUGUGUAUUAUACCAAACACAGGAAUGCUUUUAAUUGCCAAUGAACAUACAAAAAUUCAAACAUUCUAUAUUCCAACUCUUGGUCCAGCUCCCUCAUGGUGCGGUUUUUUGGAUAAUCUUACAGAAGAAUUAGAAGAAUUAAAUUAUGAAAUAAUCUAUGAUGAUUAUAAAUUUAUAACUGAGAAAGAUUUGGAUGAAUUAGGUCUUUCACAUUUAAAAGGCACCAAUCUUCUUAGAGCUUACAUGCAUGGUUACUUUAUAGAUAUGCGAUUAUAUAGAAAAGCAAGAGAUGUAAUGAAACCAUUUGAAUUUGAACAAUAUAAAAAGAAAAAAAUUCAACAAAAAAUAGAAGAAACUUGCAGUAAUAGAGUACAGAUUCAAAAAAUACCAAGUGUAAAUAAAGAACUUGCAUUAAAAUUAAUGGAUAAUGAAACAAAUGAGAGAAAAAAAAGAAAAAGUUCUUCUAAUCUUCUAACAGAUGAACGUUUCAAAGAAUUGUUUACUAAUCCAGAUUUUCAAGUAGACAAAACUUCAGAAGAAUACUUAUUAUUAAAUCCUGUCAUUUCACAACUCAGUAAGAGUAAAGCAAAGAAAUUAAAAGCCAAAGAAGCUGAAAAGGAAAUAAAAGAAAGAAUAGAAAUUGAAGAUGCAGAAAACGAACACUAUGAUAAUAGUUCAGAUGAAAGUUUUAUCCAUGAUGAUAGUAGUUCAGAAGAUGAAAAAUUAUGGGUUAAAGAAGUGAAAAAUCAGUACCGAUUGAUAAAGAAGAAUGAAAAACGAAUACAAGAAAAUAAUGAUGAACACAUUGAGAAUGAACCUCAACUUUAUGAAAUUAAAGAAAAUGUAGAAUUCAAAGAUGCAAAGCCUGUAGUAAAAAAGCAAAACAAGACUACUUUAGGAGAAAGACUAAAGAAUUAUGAAACUGAUGAUAUUAAAAUUUCUGCUUCUCGUGGAAACAAAGAAAUAACUUUUAUUAGUGGAAAGGCAAGUUCACAUAAUGAAUCAAAGAAUGGAAAAGAUCCUCCUCAACAAAAUCAUGAAGAAACAAUGCAAGAAUCUAUACCAUCUGGAUUAUCAGAUUUACAAAUGCAAAGUACAGAAGUUGGUGAAAUCACAGAAAUGCCAAAUUUUGAAAUAUUAAACACAUCUGCAGUACUUCAUUAUUGUAAACAUAAAAUAUUAAAACCAUAUUUGACAUUAUUAGGAAUAAUGGGUUUAAAACCAAUGAAUAGUGAUGAUUCACAACGAUGCUCUUGUUAUUGUAUUUUUGCAAAUCUUCAUACUUUACAGGUCACAAUAUUUAUGUGCAUUGGAUAUAUUUUACAAUAUAUGGCAUGUUUUAGGAGAGAUAGAGGCUUUUGUUACAAAACAAUGCCUUUGAAAUUUCAAAUGACAUCCAUCAAUAAGCAACAUUCAGAAAAAGUUAUUUGCUAUGGAAAUGUUAUAUUUAGUUAUCUAGUUCCCAGUAUUUUACAUUUAAUUGCAUAUUUAUACACUAUAUAUCUAUUUCGAAUUAAAGAAAAUGAACAAUUACAAAAUUUAAUGGAAAGAGCAUUUCUUUUAUCAUCUAAUCCUGCAAAUCGUGGAAAUCAGAGAAAACUUGUAUGGAUAUUGUGGUUAUUUAUAGCAUUGAGUCUUGUAUGGAUAAUUAUGGCAUUAAUUACAGUAAAUGUGUUAAUGGCCCAAGAAAAUAUCAUAUUUCAAUGGUUAGAAUUCAGUCCAAAUCAAGUAAAAAUAAUAUUGAAGAUACUUUUAAUUGUCUGUACAUUAUGGCAUGAUAUGGUUCAAGGAACAAUUAUUACUAGCUAUUGUUUGCAAGGGCAACUUUUACUAGCACAUUUAUAUUUCCUUCGUGGAAAAUUACUUUAUCAUACUUUAUCUCCUAUUGAUUGGAUGAGGGAAAUUAGUGAAUUUAAAAAAUUAUUGAAAUAUUUCAAUGAUGAAUUAGGAUUAGCAGUAUGUAUUUAUACAAUUGUAAAUUUAUCAUGGGCAGCCACUAGUAUUGUUUGGUUGCUUCAAUAUGAUAAUAGCGAUAUACAAAAUAAUCAUGUCACUUGGAUUGGUAUAAUAAAUGUAAUUCUUUGGAUUUUAAUAUCAAUAGCUCCCUUUAUUCAGGCAGCUCGUUUAACUGCUGCUUGUUCUAUGAUUCAAAAUAUCGGACACGAAGUACGAAUUAGACCAUUCGUAUAUCAAAGCACUCCGGGUGAAGACCUUGAUACUAUACUUUUGUACACAUCGUCAUUGAAAAUGUGCGCCAAACUCUUCAGAGUACCAAUUACGGAGCAAAAAGAAGAAUAUCAGAAGCAUCAAAAAGCAGAAGCUGAAAGAUUAAAAAUUUUCCGAGAAAAGGUAGAAGAGAAAAUUAAUAAAUUUCUUCAAGAUGACAAUGCAAAGGAAUACAAAUUUCCACCAAUGGAUCAAAUUUAUAGGAGUAUAAUACAUGAUGUUGCUGAAAUAGCAAAUAUAUGGGCAUAUUCAUUUGGUGAAGAAGGCAUUGAUCGUCAUAUUGUGAUUUUUAAAAGGGAACAUGCUCCAUCUGAAGAUCAGUUAAAUGCACUUCGCAGAGGAGAAGAAUGGAACGAAGAAAUAGCAAAAAGAUUAAUAGAAGAGAGAGAAAGGCGAGCCAAAGAAGAGGAAGAAGCUGCUACUAAACCUAGAAAACGAAAAGAUAAUUUUGUACCAAAUAGUUAUUAUAAAGAUAAAUAUCAACAUUUAAUUGGAAAAGAAGCUGCUCUAGAAGCAGCUAGAAAAACAGAAGCUAAUAGUAGUUAUGGUUAUGUUCCUAGUGAAAAUAAGAAAGAUCAAAGAAGUAUAGAACAAACAUUAGCAGAUAUACGAGCUAAGAAAAGAAAAUUGGAAAUGAAUAUCAAGGAGUCAAAUCAUCAAGAUGAAAGUACAAAAUAAAAUAAAUAAUUAAAUCCAAAAUUAUGUAAAAUA